UGCUUGUGCUUGUGCUUGUGCUUGUGCGGCUCCGGAGUGCUGUGGGAAUCCUGGGAGCUGGUGAUGUCAGGCAGGCUGGGUCAUUUGAAGGUUAGCAGCCUUGGCUGGGGUUCAGAGAAAGUUCACUUGCAUACAUUAGGCAAUGCAAUCUUUUCACCAGGGCUGGGUUGACACAAGGAGUAGGAAGUAAAGACGGGCAAAGGCAGGACGAGCCACUCCAGGCAAACGGAGAGGGGUGGAACGGGGGUUAGGUGGCGGCCGCGGAGUUGGUGGGGGCGGCGGAUUAAAUUCGGGCCGGGCAUCGGGCGACCUGAGCGCAGCACCCGGCCGGAGAGCGGUGGGCGUCGGCCGAGCGGAGGGGGCCGGAGCCGAGCAUCUGACUCUUCCUCUCGACACCCCUCUUGUUCGAGUCGAGCGCCGCAAACUGCCUUGGGGGUGAAAAUGGCAAAUGAUCAUUUGGAUCAGUGACAGGCUUUUAGCCGUGUUGUCUGUCAUAAUUCAUGAUUCUGCCUUUGGGAAAACAGCUUGACGUGCCAAGAAAAAGAGGGGAGGAAAAAGAAACAAAAUAUAAGGGCAGAGUUUUGAUGGGAGUUCGGACAACUUUUUCUUUUGCAAAUUUCCCCACACCUAGAGAAAGAGGAGAGAUCUCUUUGGCUUCGCAGGUUGUGGGCUCCAACCUCUCGUCAUGUUCGACUGCAUGGAUGUUCUCGCAGUCAGCCCUGGGCAAAUGCUGGAUUUCUACACUCCGAGCCCGUCUUCUUGCAUGCUCCAAGAGAAAGCUCUGACUGCCUGCUUCAAUGGAUUGACACACGGGGACUGGCAACAGAAGUCCAGCACUCAAUCAAUUGAAACACAGAGUACCAGUUCUGAAGAGAUUGUACCAAGUCCACCAUCGCCAAUUCCACCCCCACGAGUGUACAAACCUUGCUUUGUCUGUCAGGACAAGUCAUCAGGCUAUCACUAUGGAGUCAGUGCCUGUGAAGGAUGCAAGGGUUUCUUCCGGAGAAGCAUCCAGAAAAACAUGGUUUACACUUGUCACAGAGAAAAGAACUGUGUCAUCAACAAGGUUACGAGAAAUCGCUGCCAGUACUGCCGAUUACAGAAGUGUUUUGAAGUGGGCAUGUCUAAAGAGUCUGUAAGAAAUGACCGCAACACAGCAGUGUUUGAAGAGAUAAUGUUUCACAGGGUGUUCUGUGUAUCCUGUGCUAUGUUUAAAUAAU